AUGACGACCCCAACCUUUUCCUCGUCCACCUUCAUCGACUGCUACGCAACCCUCAACAUCCACCCGCACGCCGACCUCAAAGAGAUCAACAGCGCCUACAAGCGCCUCGCUCUGAGGUAUCACCCGGACAAGACCGAGGGAGGAGACGCCGAGACGUUCCAGAAGAUCCUUUACGCCGUCGAAACCCUCCGCGACCCCAAUCACCGCGCCAUCCACGAUGCCGCCCUCGAUGAACACCGCUGUCGCAACCUGAAAUACACCGCAGACGCGGGGGCCUUCUUUCGUCGCGGCUACCACCGUCACCACCACCAGCAGCAGCAGUAUCGUGCCGAUGACCCAUAUAACCAAAGCCGGUACGAGGCCUCUUACCGCCACAGCGUGCACAUGGAUCCCACGGCGCCGGAGUCCAUUGAGAUCAUGGAGCAGAUGCGUCGGGAUCGGGAGUAUAGCGAGCAGCUGGAGCGGGAGCGGGAGCGGGAGACUCGGGAGGCGGAGAAGGCUGCUGCUGCGGGGUUGUUUCAGGAGGGGCAAGAUGGGGAAGGGGAGGGGUAUGACCCGGGCCGGGUGGUGGAUGACGACUUGAGUUCUUGGUCUUCUUCGUCGGAGGAGCCGAUGGGGUAUUAUGAUGAAAGUGGGUGUGUGGUGACGAGGAAGAAGGAUAAGAAGAAGACGAAGCAGGCAAGGGGGAGGGGGAAUGCCGGUGAGGGGGUGAAGGGGGUGGAGGAAGAGGUGAACGAGGAGGAAGAGGAGGAGGAAACUUGGAUUGGGUAUUCGGAUAAGACGGCUUAUUGGUCGGAGGAGAAGCAGGCUAAGGAUCAGGCUCAGGAGGAGAGGCGCGCCAGGUGGAUGGCUAGUCUGUUGGAUCCGGAUGCGGGCUGGAAGUCUAUGAAGUAUUCUUGGGGACAGCAGCAGGAGGAGAAUAAGGAGGAGUCUGAGAAGGAUUUCGAGGAGGAGUAUGACGAGGAGUAUGAGGGAGGAGAGGGAGAGUAUGAAGAGGGGGAGGAGGAGGAGGAGGAAGACGAAGACGAAGACGAAGAGGAGGACGAAGAGGAGGACGAAGAGGAAGAGGAAGAAGAAGAGGAGGAAGACAGCGAGGAGGAGCAGUCCGACGAAGAGGACAGUGCUGACCUCCUAUCAGAGGGUAAAUCCGAUGGGCAGGAGGAAAGCAUCUCCAUGGGUAACCUGAUUGAUCUCGAAGACGACGCCAAUGACCACACAGAGAUGCCCACUGUGGCCAGCAAAGGAAGCACCGGGUCUGUCACUGAGCUCGUCCCUGAAGACCACCAUCAGUCGGCCGAUCUGUUGGACUUGGGGGAAGACAAGAACUCACAGGCUAGUAAAGCGGACAAUGAUCUGGGAGAAUGCAAGGACAAGGUGGAUCUGGAUGGACAGCCAGGCCGUGCGCAAGGACACAAAGACACUGGCUGGAAGGAGAACGAUGAAUGUUAUGGAACCCCCGGGGCCGAAGUCUUCCACGAGAUGUUCUGCAAAGAGGAUAUUGGCCCGAAGCGGAAAGAAGUAUGCAUGUGUGGAAGGGUCGAGGGUAUCGCAGACGAUGAAGAGGACUGGUUCCGCUAUCCUGGGCAGAUGCCCUGGGGCAUGAGCUUGCCAAACAAAUUCUCCAAACGCAGCACCACCGACAACGACGACAACUAUGACGAUGAAGACACAGACGAAGAAGAGGACAACUCCGAGGGAGAUGCAAUCGGCGGUCACGAAGGAGAAGACCUUGAAGACGACUCGACAGUCCACAACUCCAACCACCACAACGAUCACGAUCACACCCAACCCACACCAAAGACCUCAAACACCGCCAAUGGCUACAUCAACAUUCCCUCCGAAACCAACUCCCACUCCGAAACCUACCACUUCUACGAUACAAAAGCCGAGCACCCAGCCGCCGCAGAGCAAUCCGAUUCCGACUUCGUGACCGCAAACGAGGACCCGGCCAUGUCGACCGACUCCCUAACCCGGCCCGCCAACCUCAUCGCAGCACCCCCACACGGCCUCAGCGCCUACCUCACGCCGCUGCUCCCCUACUUCGAGUCCAAGCUUAACCGAAGCGACGGCCGCUACACCCCGGACGACAUGGUCGUCGAAUGCCGCGGGAUCAUCUUAGAGACCUUCUGCGGGUGGAUGGAAGGCGUGCGGCGUACGUUCCGGGAUGCGGCGACGCGUGGCUGCAACGACGAGGGUGAAUGCCUGCAUCUGGGUUACUGGGACAAAGCCUAUGGGCAGGCGGAGUGCAAGGUCUGCGGGCAGUGGGAGCCGAUCUUUACACUCACCUGCCCCGGUUGCGGGCUGGAGGCGUGCGUGGCGUGCAAGUUUACGGCGCCGGCUACUUGGAAUCGUGGUCGGGUGUCUGGUAGCCUGGGAUGA